ACUCGAACAGAGCUGUGCACUAACGGUGAAGCGGAACGUAAAACAGAGUUUAAGAGUUUAAGCGUCUAAGCUAGUAAAACGAAGCCGAACAUAUGGAAUAAGGCGAAAAAAAUUAGAAGAAUAAAGAAAUCAAAUAAAUUGUCGCUAAAUGCGGCCAAAACGUUGACGGGAACUUUGGCGUAAGUGAAGGGGCGGGCUCAAACAAAAUACACAAAUACAUGCAAGAAUAUGCAGUGAAUUGCAAAGUGAAGUGAAUUGAAUUGAAAGUAAAAAUUCCAAAUUUUCAUUUGGAUCUCGAUUAUUUGGGAUAAAAGUGUUGUAUUGGAUUGACUUUGCAGUGCAAAAACGCGAUUUAGUGGAGGCGACCAGCAGGGUGCGUGCGUGUGUGCGUCUGUGUGUGGAGUGACGACAGCAACGACAACUUUGAAGCGAGCUCCAACAGACUCGUUUAGGAAGCUCACAAGAAAGAGCACUGAAAAUUCAACAGCAACAAAUCUACUACAAGCAUUCGCGGCAACAGCAGCAUCUACAAACAGAACAAUAAUUUUGUGUUCAAAUUGUGAAACCGUGGGAGAUGUCUGCAGUUAGACAUCGGCCCCUAGUACCGCCGGGUAACACCGGCGAUAGCGAUGACAACUUUACAGACGACGAGAGCACACCAUUAACCCAAGAUAUUUAUGGCGGAAGCCAACGCACAAUACAAGAGACAAAAGGCUGGGAUGUAUUCCGUGAUCCACCAAUCAAGGUCGAAACCGGUUCAACCGCGAAUCAGGCAUGCCUGGAGAUCACUGUGAAGAUUAUGAAAAUCUUUGCGUAUUUCUUCACGUUUAUCAUAGUGUUAACAGGUGGAGUUAUGGCGAAAGGAUGUGUCCUAUUUAUGGCAUCACAAAUACGUAAAGAUAAGAAAAUAGAGUACUGUAAUAAAGAUUUGGGCCGCGACAAAACAUUCGUAGUCAAGUUGCCUGAAGAGGAGCGUAUCGCUUGGAUUUGGGCCUUAUUGAUUGCAUACGCAUUACCCGAAAUUGGAUCCUUCAUACGUUCGGCACGUAUUUGCUUCUUUAAGACAUUUCGUGCGCCCAAAACUGGUCACUUUCUUUUCGUAACGCUGAUGGAGAGUCUCAGUUGUUUUGGCACAGCUCUACUGAUGUUCGUGGUGCUGCCUCAAAUCGAUGCCAUACAGGGCGCCAUGUUGACCAACUGCUUGUGCGUCAUACCCGGUAUACUGGGACUGUUGUCGCGUAAUGCGAAGGAAGGCAAACGUGCCGUGAAAGUUAUUAUCGAUCUGGCAGCGAUUGCGGCACAAGUAACUGGAUUCGUUAUAUGGCCACUGCUCGAGAACCGUCCAGAAUUGUGGGUCAUACCAAUCGCUUGCAUUAUGAUCUCUUGUGGCUGGUGGGAAAACUAUGUUUCCCCACAGUCGCCUAUAGGACUGGUGCGCUCAAUGGGACGCAUAAAGGAAGAGAUGCGCAGUACACGCUACUUCUGCCACAUGUUCAUUUCAUUAUGGAAGAUUUUACUGUUUCUUUGUCUGGUACUGCUUAUCUUUUGGGCGCAAGGUGAUGACCCCGGUGACAUUUUCAGAAUGUGUGGUGAUGCUCUGGGGCCACAUAAAAUUUUGGUGGACGAAUUAGCUACCAGUUUGACUGGCAAUUUGCCGGACACAUUAGAUGCGGCCAACAUCGAUAGCAUAGAGAUUGACGCCGCGCACAAUACAGUCAUCUACGUACUUUUGCUGCAGGUUUUCGGCGCUUACCUUUGCUAUAUUUUCGGCAAAUUCGCUUGUAAAAUUCUCAUACAAGGCUUCAGUUAUGCCUUUCCCGUUAGUUUGACAAUACCAAUUACGGUUUCAUUGCUAAUCGCAGCCUGUGGCAUACGAAUUGAUGAUCCAUGUUUCUUCCAUGAUACCAUACCAGACUAUCUGUUUUUCACAAGUCCACGCAACUUCCGAUUCAAUGAUUUUGUGACACAGCAAAUGGCAUGGGCGUGGAUAUUAUGGUUGCUCAGUCAAACCUGGAUUUCGUUACACAUCUGGACACCGAAGUGUGAACGUUUGGCCACAACGGAGAAAUUGUUCGUGCGACCAAUGUAUUCAGCGCUCCUGAUAGACCAAUCUAUGGCCAUGAAUAGACGCAGAGAUGAUCAGGCUGAUGUAAAGACGGAGGACCUCUCGGAAAUUGAAAAGGAGAAGGGCGAUGAGUACUACGAAACAAUUUCAGUGCACACCGACGGUUCAGCCAUACAAAAUAAGCCAACGAUUAAGUCUUCAGAUCAUAUAACGAGAAUCUAUGCAUGCGCUACUAUGUGGCACGAAACCAAAGAUGAAAUGAUGGAGUUCUUGAAAAGUAUUAUGCGCAUGGAUGAGGAUCAGUGUGCGCGUCGCGUUGCCCAAAAAUAUUUGCGUAUUGUCGAUCCUGACUACUAUGAAUUUGAAACGCACACUUUUUUCGAUGACGCCUUUGAAAUUUCCGAUCACAGCGACGACGACAUCCAAGUCAACCGGUUCGUCAAGUUGCUCGUGGCUACCAUGGAUGAGGCGGCUUCUGAAAUCCAUCAAACCACUAUACGUUUGCGGCCGCCCAAAAAGUAUCCAACCCCCUAUGGUGGUCGUCUAGUGUGGACGCUGCCUGGUAAGACUAAAUUCAUUACACAUCUCAAGGACAAGGAUCGUAUUCGUCAUCGUAAACGUUGGUCGCAAGUCAUGUACAUGUAUUAUCUGCUCGGCCAUCGUCUUAUUGAAUUGCCAAUAUCGGCAGAUCGUAAAGAUGAAAUCGCACAAAACACUUACCUGCUCACACUAGAUGGCGACAUUGAUUUCAAACCGAACGCUGUAACCCUACUAAUCGAUUUGAUGAAGAAGAAUCGUAACCUGGGCGCAGCAUGUGGACGCAUUCAUCCAGUCGGCUCUGGUCCUAUGGUGUGGUAUCAACUGUUCGAGUAUGCUAUUGGUCAUUGGCUGCAAAAGGCCACUGAACACAUGAUCGGUUGCGUGCUUUGUAGUCCUGGUUGUUUCUCGCUUUUCCGAGGCAAAGCCCUGAUGGACGAUAAUGUCAUGAAAAAGUAUACUACACGCUCGGAUCAGGCGCGUCAUUACGUACAAUACGAUCAGGGUGAAGAUCGUUGGCUUUGUACUCUACUAUUGCAACGUGGUUAUCGUGUCGAAUACUCAGCUGCCUCCGAUGCGUACACUCAUUGCCCCGAAGGUUUCAACGAGUUUUAUAAUCAACGUCGUCGCUGGGUGCCUUCCACUAUUGCCAACAUUAUGGAUUUGCUCGGUGAUGCUAAGCGUACCAUAAAGAUCAACGACAACAUCUCGCUACUCUACAUCUUCUACCAAAUGAUGUUGAUUGGUGGCACCAUUUUGGGUCCUGGCACAAUUUUUCUUAUGUUGGUGGGUGCUUUUGUAGCCGCCUUUCGCAUCGACAACUGGACUUCCUUCCAUUACAACAUUGUGCCAAUAUUGCUCUUCAUGUUGGUCUGCUUCACUUGUAAAUCGAAUAUACAAUUAUUCAUAGCACAAGUACUAUCCACGGCGUAUGCGCUCAUUAUGAUGGCUGUGAUCGUGGGUACGGCCUUGCAAUUGGGCGAGGACGGUAUCGGCUCGCCGUCGGCUAUAUUCUUAAUUGCUAUGACGACUUCGUUUUGGAUAGCAGCGUGCUUGCAUCCGCAAGAAUUUUGGUGCAUUUUAGCAGGUCUCAUCUAUUUGCUAUCUAUACCAUCUAUGUACCUUUUGCUCAUUCUCUAUUCGAUCAUCAAUUUGAAUGUGGUUUCGUGGGGUACGCGUGAAGUGGUCGCUAAGAAAACGAAAAAGGAACUUGAAGCUGAAAAGAAAGCAGCUGAAGAGGCCACCAAACGUGUGAAACAGAAGAGCAUGUUGAGUUUCUUGCAAAGUGGCAUUGGCGAUAAUGCUGACGAGGAGGGUUCCAUUGAAUUCUCACUAGCCGGUCUAUUUCGCUGCAUACUGUGUACACAUGGCAAGACUACCGACGAGAAGGCACAACUUACCGCAAUCGCUGAUUCAUUGGACACAAUCAAAACCAGAUUGGAAGCUUUGGAGCACACUUUAGAUCCACAUGGCCAUUCUCGACACGACCGACGACGUACAACAUCGAGCGGCUCCAAAGACCACCACUUAUUGUCCUCGGUGGCAGAAAAGUCAGGCGAUGAGUCAGAGGAAUCGGACUCGGAUACGUCAGCGGAACCGCGACAGGAACGAGAUUUCUUGACGAAUCCUUACUGGAUUGAGGAUCAAGACUUGCGCAAGGGCGAGGUUGACUUUUUGUCCAGCACUGAACUUCAAUUCUGGAAGGAUUUGAUUGACAAGUAUCUAUUCCCUAUUGAUAACGAUCCCAUCGAGCAGGCACGGAUCGCAUCCGAUCUUAUAGAGCUGAGGAACAAGUCCGUCUUCGCGUUUUUCAUGGCCAACGCCUUGUUCGUCUUGAUUGUUUUCUUGCUUCAACUGAACAAGGAUAAAUUACAUAUUGUCUGGCCACUGGGCGUCAAGACCAAUAUAACGUAUAUUGAAGAAACAUCAGAGGUUCAUAUUUCCAAGGAAUAUCUGCAACUGGAACCGAUCGGUUUAGUAUUCGUUUUCUUCUUUGCGCUCAUUCUGUUCAUUCAGUUUACCGCUAUGUUGUUCCAUCGUUUUGGCACACUCUCGCAUAUUUUGGCCGCAACCGAGCUGAAUUUCUGCAAGAAGAAGUCUGAGGACACUUCCCAAGAUGCGCUUAUAGACAAGCAUGCAGUGGAGAUCGUCAAGAAUUUGCAGCGUCUUCAAGGAAUCGAUGGUGAUUACGACAACGAUUCAGGCAGUGGUCCCGAUCGUAUUGCCCGCCGACGUACAAUACAAAAUCUGGAGAAGGCUCGACAACCGCGUCGCCAAAUCGGUACUUUGGAUGUGGCAUUCAAGAAGCGUUUCCUUAAACUAACUGCAGAUGAAAAUAAUCCAGCAACUCCGAUACUGACGCGUCGCUUGACUAUGCGCGCCGAAACGAUACGAGCGCUGGAAGUGCGAAAGAACUCAGUGAUGGCGGAACGGCGUAAGUCAGCAAUGCAAACAUUAGGCGCGAAGAAUGAAUAUGGAAUUACAACUACAGCAGCGUUAAACAACAAUGGCGCCAUACCGAAUCAGCGCAGUGGUCGUAUCUCCAAUGCCGGCAUUAGCAUCAAGGAUGUUUUCAAUUCAAAUGGUGGACCAAGCGAGCAAAUAUAUGGUUCUAACGGUGGUGGCACCAUCAACCAGGGCUACGAGCAUGUACUCGAAGACGACGACCGAAACUCAUUGCGCCUGACGGCGCGCAAUCCAAAUCCACAAGUGUCAUGGGGACAGAACAGCAGCAACACAGGACGCAUGUGAAAAUGUGCAUUUUCGUUCAUAUACCUAUGCCAGCCUGAUAUCAAUUUUGUUGUUGUUGUUGUUGAAUAUUAAACAAAAGGACUUGUUAGUUAAUAUGAUUAGAAUUUUAAGUUCUCGGCACUAGACACUCCUAAAUGUCAUACCAUACUUAACAGUACUUGAGAAACUUCUGUGGCUCGAAAUAUUACAACUUAGCAUUUUCUUUUAAAUUUUCUCCGAUGUGUCGUCGCCCAAGUUUAGUCAAGCUACCAACACUGUCACAAAACUCGUUUACUUGUUCUGCGAGGCAUCUGCUAAUCAGAAACUUGUGCAUAGCUGUUAUAAUAUUCUUAACAACUGCCAGUGAGAUAGAAAAAAAAGUUUCUUAUUACUCGAAUAUAUUUUAUAUGAAUUUCUACUGUCUUCAUAUUGUAUUGUAUUAUAUUGUAUUUUAAAAUUAUGUUACCUAUGUAGUUAUGUAGAUUAAGAGACAUAACACAUACGAGUACUUAUGUACAUACGUAUGUGUGCAAAAUUAUAUGUACACUUCGUGUAUUGUAAAUAUGACAACGAAUAUUUUAGCUAAUCACACUGCCCGCUCACGUGAGAGACUUGUUGAUGAACACAUACAUAUGCGCGUAUAUUGCAUAUGCAAAUAUGUGUGUACGCAUUUCGUCAGAUUUACUUAAUGAAUAGUUGGUCGAUUUUGCUUAGGCAGUUAUUUCAAUGCCAACUGUCUGUAAAUAAAAAAGUAUACAACGUUUUACGAAUAAUUUAGUUUAUAUAUUUUAAAUUUUUAUAUUUUUUAUUUGAAAAAAAGGAAAAAAUUGUUAUUAUUGACACAUUUUACAUUAAUCUGUAUAAACUUUAUAUGUAUAGAUUUGUUUGUAUGUGUUGUCAAGGAAUAACAAUACCCGUACCAAUGUAUGAAUCAUGGAAAUACUCAUUUGUGUGAAAUUACGUAGUUUAUGGAAAAAAAUUUACUUUUAUUUGCUAGUUUUAGUAAGCAUGCAUACAUGUAUUUUUGUAUGUGUUUAGCUAUUUUAAUAUACAAUUCAUAAUCAUAUAA